UUAGAUUGUGAAAGGGCUGAUCUUCUCUCUUCAUAACUGAAGCAUUGUGCAUUUUUAUAUACAUAUUUCUUGCCCAUAUACAAUUCAAACAAAAUGCAUUGGCAAAUAGACAUACUGUUGAUGCCAUUUCCACCCUGUGUUCUGAUGGUGUUAGAAUCUGCCCUCGGCUGGUACCAGGGGCGAAUAAGUCACUAUGAUAAGCAGUCAUGGGAAAUAACCGUUGAGCAGAGAAUUCUUCAGGGAUUAUCAUAUACUCCACGUAAAACAGCCAAACUCAAAACAGAACUGAUUGAUGUUGACUUAGUAAGAGGAUCAACAUUUCCAAAGGCAAAACCACAGUCGGGAAUAUGGCUGGCGGGUUUACACGGAAUAUCUCGCAUAAUACUCUUGCCACUUUACGCAUCAUGGUGGAUUCGUGAGACUUCGUGCACGGGCUUCUUUGUGGUCUUGUCAGUGUACAGCUCAAUACUCAUGUCUGGAAUCAUCAUGUUUUGCUGUAGGAAUGAUGAAGUGUUUCUUAAGGACAUUCCAGCAUCAGAAGUACUGCUACCAUGCGUAGGGAUUUUGGUGUUAAGUGUGAUUCACUCUCAAAUUGUAUGCACGCGCCACACGGGAAUAUCGUCCCCGAAUCACAGCCGAGGAACAGUUGGCAUAAGACAUGGGAGAAGGAUGAGGUCCCUACGAAGAAGCGUCUCACUGAAGGGACGGGGUAAAUGUUCGUGUAGCAGUACUAGGCGUGAUACUACAAGAUUAUCUGUUAAUCCACCUAAGAAACACAAUAGAUCACCAUUUAAAACGUUCAGAUCUCAUUCAGAGGAGCCAAAGCAUGAAGAGGUAUAUCCUUUACGUCCCCGUUCAGCCUCUGAAAACAAUGUCGCCCCCUGUGUGGACUCAAAAGGCAAACCGAGCAUUAUAAUUUUUUCAUCCGGCUCCUCUCAGAAUGUCAAGGCAGAUGAACAGUCCAGUUCUUCUGCCACUACCUCUUCCAGUGAUAGGAGUCCAGUGGCGGGCAUUGCGGAAAGCAAGGGGGAGAUAUUCAUCGAUCAGCUGAAAAAAAAGGGCUUACAAGAAUUUUGUCCAGCUGAUAAUGGUGUUGAUGAUGGGCAUAAUGUGAAUACUCCCCUGGAUAGAGGUGAGGGGAGACAGUUUGGGGGUAAGGAGGUGCAAGUUGAUGACUGCAGGACCGAGAGUUGCUUGUCGAAAGGCAAGUGCGAGGGGAAGAAUAGCCUCCUACGAACCCCGGGCAUUGAGGACAUUGCUCCAAGUAUACACCUCAAGCUUCCCAGUGAGAGACCAGAUGUCGAUGGGGGUAGCGAUGGAGGAGAGGAAAGUGGUAUGGGGGACUUUGAAGGCCCAACUACUGAUACUGACAGCUGGAACAUGAAGAAGACUGCAAGGCGUUCUUGGUGCUCUUGUUCUUGUGGGAAGCCAUCUGAUACCAGUGCUAGCCACCCCAGCCGCCGUUCCCCUCACAAGCUCCUACCAGUGGCUGUUGAGAGAAGCUCUUGCAACUCCUCUUGUGAAAGCGAUGCGGAACAAAGCCCAUCCCCACAGUAUACGAAGGCUAAGGUAACCCACAUUGAGUGCAUUAUUAUGUAUGAUUUUUCAUAUAUCAUAUCAUGCUAUAGGAAAUCUGAGCCUAGAAUAAAGGUUUUACGAGUCACUUUAGUGUUUGGUCUAACUGGGGUACCAUGUGUAUUAAUCUUGGUAUCUAUGUGUUUUUACCUCCAAACAGUCAGCUGCAAAAUAUGGGAAGAAUCCGAGGUGAAGAAAGUGGAUCUCUCUGUCCUAGACAUCUCGUCAGCUGUCAUAUCGAAAGUGGAUAGUUUACAUCACACGACUCAUUAUCUUCAGUUUGGACUAACCAUUGCCAUAGUGAUAGCUUUGGUACCAAGCAUAUACAGAGUUGACUAUUCUGCUCUCGGAAAUUUCUUGGACACCGUGGUUACUUCUGACUCUCAGGAUUGGAUUCCAGCAUUUAAGGAAUUGUUAGAGAAGGUAUUCACAGGACUACUUGGUGGGAAUAUGUGGUCUGCAGUUGUAAUUCUGUUGAGCUCUAUUAAUAGACUCUGCCUGGCUGGAGGAUUUUUUUUCUUAUUGUCUGUAGCAGAGAGAACCUUCAAGCAGAGAUUUCUCUAUGCCAAACACUUCUGCUACCUUACGUCUGCCCGCCGAGCUAGUUUGCUUCCGCUGCAACAGAAACGAGGCCCACAACGCUCAGUGGAUGUCAUUGUUUCUGCCACUUUCUUCAUUACUUUGCUGCUUGUGUCAUAUCUUUGCUUUGAACUGCUAAAGGAAGACGAUAAGUCACAGCACACACUGUACAAUUGCGAACUUUUCUUCUGGUGUUUUGCAAUUGGCAUCUACCUAAUCCGCUUCAUGACGUUGGGAGCAAUGAUCAACAAGAAGUACUCUAGCUUAUCAGUACUCAUAACUGAGCAGAUCAAUAUGUAUUUACACAUGGAGCAAAAACCCCAGAAAAAAGAUGAACUCAUGUUAGCAAACAAUGUUCUAAAAUUGGUCUCUGUCCUGCUGAAGGAACUGGAGAGUCCAUUUAAAAUUUCCGGGCUUUCAGCGAAUCCCCUGCUCUACAAUAUAACUCGCUUGGUUGUCCUCUCAGCUUGCUCUGGCGUUCUCUCAGACCUCUUGGGCUUCAAGCUCAAACUUCACAAAAUUAAGUUUAAGGAGUGAACCUGUGCUUUCUGAUGAAGAGAAAAUCUAGAGGGCUGUCAAUCAUAUAACCAAUAGAUGUAAUUAAAUAUAAAUUUACAGUACUUAUCUGUAGAUCUGACUAAUGGUAUUUUGCUUUAAUCUAUUAAGUAGCUUUGAGAGUAUGCAAAUGACAUAUCCAGUGUGCUGCCUUUUAGAGUGACAGCAAUUUUUAAGGUCUCAUUUAGAUUUUAGAUGAAUUAUGACCAAUUCACCUAUUGUAAUAUUUUGUAAAAUUGACGAUUUCAAAAUGGUGUUCAUUUUUUCAUGUGUAAAUGUGAUAUGGUUAGAUACUUCAUUUUACAUUAGGAAGUUAGUUAAAAGUAUUCCAUGACAAUAAGAUUUUACAAGAACGAGAGAAAGAGAAGAAAGGAGAGGAAACAACUCAAUGUGAUAAUAAAAGGGUGUGAUGGCUAUCUUAUAAGUUUUAGAAGAGAGUGAGAAUAUGAGAGUAUUUUGAAUUUAUGUAAAGUUCAAAUAUUAAAAAACAUUUUAAGGCAGA